CUUGAUUCUAGUGCGUGGUUUGAACAAUGCCAGCAGGGCAGGUGGCACCGUGCACAUGCUCAGACAGGCCAGAAUCCUGCCCUUCGAACAUUUUUGUUUCACCUCGCUCGACUCGCCCGGCUCCCAGUCCAAUUGGUUUUUGUAUUCGAUGGCAACCAGCGAUCCCAAAUCAAACGGGGCCACAGAGUGUCUACCAACGACCAUUGGAUGGUCAAGCCCACCCAGCGCCUACUGAAUACAUUCAAUGUGCAGUGGAUCAUGGCUGCUGGAGAAGCCGAGGCACAGCUGGCGCUGAUGAACGGCGCUGGUAUUAUUGAUGCUGUCAUGACAGAUGACAGUGACGCAUUUGUUUUUGGUGCUCAGACUGUCCUGCGCAACUCGACAUUCUCAAUAGAUUCGACUGUCAAAUUGUAUACAACGAGUGCCAUUCAGGAGCACAUGGACCGCCAUCUUACUGACGAUGGAUUCCUCACCCUUGCCAUCUGCUGCUGCGGCGACUAUGAUAAGAAGGGCCUGCCAGGCUGUGGCCGUGAGACAGCACUGGGCCUAGCUCGCUGUGUGGAUGCUGGUGUGCUUCGUGCCGCUGUAUGUGGCAACAACCUCGAUGGGCCUCUGCAACAAUGGCGGGACACCGCUCGGUAUCAUCUUGUGGAUGAUCCCACUGGAAAAAUGGGACGUUCUCACCCUGCUCUCGCCCGCUCACUCCCUGAUUCGUUCCCUGAUCCAUGCAUCAUCAACUUGUAUGCGCAGCCUGCUGUCACUCCGAUCACCAAGCUGCCCAUUCUCCAAUCCCCUGCCCCGCCUGACAUUGCUCCACUUGCCUCACUUGUUCAACAACUUCUUGGCUGGGAAUCAAAGAAGGUUGUCAGCACCUUUCGCUCAACGAUCUGGCCUGUUGUGGUCUUGCACGAAGUCCUCGAG